GUUUUCUCGGAGUACUUCAAGGAGCUGGAGGAGGAGAGCGUGCGGGACAACUUCGUCACCGUCUACGAGCUGCUGGACGAGCUGAUGGACUUCGGCUUCCCGCAGACCACCGACAGCAAAAUCCUACAGGAGUACAUCACGCAGGAGGGCACCAAGCUGGAGACGGGGCGAGGACGCGUCCCCCCCACGGUGACCAACGCGGUGUCGUGGCGCUCCGAGGGCAUCAAGUACAAAAAGAACGAGGUCUUCAUCGACGUCGUCGAGGCCGUCAACCUGCUGGUGGGGCGGGGGGCACCCAACCCCCCCCCCCCAGGGGGCACCAACAAAUCGGUGGAGCUGGAGGACGUGAAGUUUCACCAGUGCGUGCGGCUGUCGCGCUUCGACAACGACCGCACCAUCUCGUUCAUCCCGCCCGACGGCGACUUCGAGCUGAUGUCCUACCGCCUCAGCACCGCCGCCAAGCCGCUCAUCUGGAUCGAGUCCGUCAUCGAGCGCUUCUCACACAGCCGCGUCGAGAUCCUCGUCAAGGUCGGCGUGGGGGGGGCACGGGGGGAGGGCACGGGGAGGGCACGGGGAGGGCACGGGGAGGGCGUGCUCAGGGCCAGGUCAUGGCGAAGUGAGGUCAUGGCGAAGUGAAGUCAUGGCAAAGUGAGGUCAUAUCGCGGUGAGAUGACGUCAUGGUGAGGUCAUGCCAUCGUGAGACCACGAUGAGGACGAGACCAUGACAUGGUGAGGUCGUGUUGUAGUGAGGUCGUGUUGUAGUGAGGUCACGUCACGGUGAGGUCACGCCAUGGUGAGACCACGAUGAGGAUGAGACCAUGGCAUGGUGAGGUCGUGUUGUAGCGAGGUCACGUCACAGUGAGGUCACGCCAUGGUGAGACCACGAUGAGGAUGAGACCAUGACGUGGUGACAUCGUGUUGUAGUGAGGUCAUGUUGUAGUGAGGUCACGUCACGGUGAGGUCACGCCAUGGUGAGACCACGAUGAGGAUGAGACCAUGGCGUGGUGACGUCGUGCUGUAGCGAGGUCACGUCACGGUGAGGUCAUGCCAUGGUGAGACCACGAUGAGGAUGAGACCAUGGCAUGGUGAGGUCGUGUUGUAGCGAGGUCACGUCACGGUGAGGUCACGCCAUGGUGAGACCACGAUGAGGAUGAGACCAUGACGUGGUGACGUCGUGUUGUAGUGAGGUCGUGUUGUAGUGAGGUCACGUCACGGUGAGGUCAUGCCAUGGUGAGACCACGAUGAGAAUGAGACCACGGCGUGGUGAGGUCGUGUUGUAGUGAAGUCACGUCACGGUGAGGUCACAUCGUGGUGAGAUCAUGCCAUGGUGAGGUCAUGACGUGGUGAGGUCAUGCCCCGGAGACACCACAUCGCGGUGAUGUCACAUCGUGGUGACGUCGCAUCGUGGUGCGGUCACGUCACGACGUGGUCACGUCGCCAUAAGGUCACGUCGCAGUGAGAUCAGGUCACAACGAAGUCACGUCAUGGUGACAUCACGUCAAGGUGAGGUCGCGUCAUGGUGAGGUCAUACCACAGUGAGGUCACGUCCCAGUGAGGUCACGUGAGGUCACCUUUUGGUGAGGUCACGGCAUGGUGAGGUCACAUCACCAUGAGGUCACAUCACCAUGAGAUCACGUCGUGAUGAGGUCACGUCCUGGUGAGACCACAUCGCAGUGAGGUCACGGUGACAUCACAGUCAGGGAUGAUGUCACAUUGUGUUGACGUCACACCAGGGUGAGGUCAUGGUCAUGGAGGGAUCACGGUCAUGGUGAGGUCAUGGUCAUGGUGAGGUCAUGGUCAUGGUGAGGCCACGGUCGUGGUGAGGUCAUGGUCAUGGUGAGGUCACGGUCAUGGUGAGGUCACGGUCAUGGUGAGGUCAUGGUCAUGGUGAGGCCACGGUCAUGGUGAGGCCACGGUCAUGGUGAGGUCACGGUCAUGGUGAGGUCAUGGUCAUGGAGGGAUCACGGUCAUGGUGAGGUCAUGGUCAUGGUGAGGCCACGGUCAUGGUGAGGCCACGGUCAUGGUGAGGUCAUGGUCAUGGUGAGGCCACAGUCAUGGUGAGGCCACGGUCAUGGUGAGGUCAUGGUCGUGGUGAGGUCAUGGUCAUGGU